AUGUCGCUUGCUGAGAUAUCGUCCGCAAAUGACGCGCACGUGGUUGCGGUCGCGCAUAACGGCAAGCUGGAAUCUGAAGUCUGCGCCAAUGAGAUCUCUGACUCUGAGGCUUCGCAACAUGUCGACUCGGACCAUGGACGGCUACCAUACCCAGAGCUCUUGCAAGCGCUGACACUGGAGGAAAAGGUCGCUCUACUUUCAGGCUCAGACUUUGUGCGCUCCACUGGCAUCCCUCGACUGGAUAUUCCGCCUCUCAAGAUUGUCGACUCAAUCAACGGCGUCAAAGGCUCGGACCUCCACCACGGAACCCCCACCGCUGUCUUUCCCAGCUCAACACUAUACGGCUCGACAUGGAACAACGCGCUGAUGGAAGAGCUAGGCGCGUGCCUUGCCCAGCAAGCAAAGCUCAAGUCCGCGCAGGUGAUUCUCGGUCCAACGAUUAAUAUCCACCGGGAUCCGCGUGGCGGCCGGAACUUCGAGUGCUUCAGUGAGGAUCCGCUACUCUCGGGACAGCUGGCGGCAGCGAUUGUGCGUGGCAUACAGUCACAGGGAUUGGCCGCGUGCCCAAAACACUUUGCGUGCAAUGAAAGUGAGUUUAAGAGGAGGAGCUAUGAUGUCGCGGAGGACUAUAACGGACGGACGGUGCGCGAAAUCUAUCUUGCGGCGUUCCAGGAACUGCUAAGAGGCUGUGAGCCGGCGGCUUUGAUGAUUAGCUAUAACAAACUAAAUGGUGUGCAUACGACGGAGAGCCCCUUUCUCAAAGAUAUGCUGCGCGACGAAUGGAAAUACAAUGGUUGCCUGGUCUCCGACUGGUUCGCGACAAAGUCAACCGCUGCGUCCAUGAAUGCCGGUCUGGAUCUAGAAAUGCCUGGGCCGACGGUGUUUCGCGGUCAGAGGCUGAUAGAUGCAGUGCGAGAUGGACUUGUUGAAGAAAAGGCCGUGGACGAAAGUGCUGCACGUGUUCUUGCUCUCGUUGAGGCGGCUAGGAGCAGCGUAUCUGGUGCGCCUGAACGCUCUGAGAUCCGGCCAGAGACCAAUGCUCUCGCCCUGAGGAUUGCCUCCGAGGGAAUUGUCCUCCUAAAGAGCGAUCAUUACGUCCUGCCCCUGGAUAUGCGACGUGCGCCAAAAAUAGCCGUGGUCGGAGUACCCGCCACAGAACCCGUUAUCAGCGGCGGAGGCAGUGCGAGUGCGCCGCCUCAGUACAUUCAACGGCCGCUUGAUUGUCUCCGGGAAGCUCACCCUGUGCCAUCGCUGAUCCAGUAUGUUCGGGGUGUCAACACGAACCGGAUAGUUCCCACUGUGCCCCUCGCCCAGACGAUGUCUCAAACCGGCGAGCCUGGGUUCGAUAUUGCAUACUACAACAGCGGAUGCGAUGAGCCUGCAUAUACGGAGAGACAGGCGGUCCCCGUCGUAGCAAUGGUCCGCGACUUGAAGCCCGGACUGGAGGAGACGGGUUUCCGGUACGAGAUCUCGACAACUAUUACGCCCGCCAGCACGGGAGUGCACACCUUGGCGGCACGAGUGACGGGUGCUUUCUUGCUGUUUGUGGACAACGAGCUGGUUGGGUCGCUAUCCGAGCAAGCCGAGGUCUCGAUGGAAGACUUUCUCUUCGAGCCGGCGCGGCUGGAGCACAGGAUUUCCGUGCCGAUGGUUGCCGGGAAAUCCUACCACGUCCGCCUCGUGACAAAUGCUCGAAUUCCCAAGGAGAACGACUACGAGCCCACACCCCACGGUGCAGUCCUCUGCUACGAGGAGUAUGUCAACGAGCGCGCCAGCAUCGCGGAAGCCGUGCAGGCAGCCUCCUCUGCCGACGUGAGCAUCAUCUUCGCCGGCCGAAACCACGAAUACGAGUCCGAGGGGUUUGAUCUGGUGUCCAACAGCCUUCCCGACGCACAAGUCAAGCUCAUCAAGGCAGUGGCCGCUGUUUCGCACCGGACAGUCCUGGUUCUGAAUUGCGGCAACCCAAUCAAUGUUUCACCGUUUGUCGAUGACGUUGAUGCAGUUUUGAAUGCGCACUUUCCUGGUCAAGAAGGCGGGCAGGCAGUUACCGACAUCCUGACCGGAAAGACAAAUCCCAGCGGUCGGCUUGCGACGACUUGGCCGAAGCAAUUCGACCAGGAACAUGUACCGAGUUUCGACCACUUCCCGGCAAGACUGACCGACGAUGGAUAUAAGAUUCAAUACGCUGAAGGGGUUCAGGUCGGCUAUCGGCAUCCGGGUGUCGAGCGCACCGCUCAGUGGCAGUUCGGAUUCGGGCUGUCAUACACCACGUUUGAGUAUUCCGAGCUUGUUAUUAGCGAGGUGGCGCAUGCUAGCAUAACUGUCUCAAUUGGGGUCAAGAAUACGGGCAUAUACCCCGGCCACGAAGUGGUGCAGGCGUUUGUAGUCCCACCGAAGGCGAACGUCUGGCGGCCUGCGCGCGAACUGAAGGGGUAUGCUAAGGUCUGGCUACUUCCCGGGGAGGCGAGAAGAGUCAGUAUAGAGCUGCAGAAGAAGGAUGCGUUUAGUUACUGGGAUGAAGCUAUUAAACAGUGGAAGGUGGAGGCGGGGACAUACCGGCUAGUGGCAGGACCACUUAGCGAGGCUUGGACUGUGGAGAAAGAAGUGACUUGGUCGGGGAGAUAG